AUGCACAGAUUCGUGUCUAAGUGUGAUGUAUGCCAGAGACAGGGGAACAUCAGUAAGAGAAACGAGAUGCCACAGAACUUCAUUCUGGAAGUAGAGGUUUUCGACGUGUGGGGAGUUGACUUCAUGGGACCCUUCCCAUCUUCCUAUGGAAAUCAAUACAUUUUGGUGGCUGUCGACUAUGUAUCUAAGUGGGUAGAGGCUUUGGCCAGUCCCACUAAUGAUGCAAAAGUCGUGAUGAAGAUGUUCAAGUCGGUCAUCUUUCCCUGCGUUUUGGUGUGCCAAGAGUUGUUAUCAGCGAUGGAGGUCUCAUUUCAUCAAUAG